AUGGAAGGUGGACCGAAUAUCACCGUCCGCAAGGUGGCGCGGGAUGAGGUCGACAUGGUGCUGAGCGGCGUCGACUUGUCUCUUGCAAACUCACUGAGACGUGUAUUUCUUGCCGAGAUCCCCACGAUCGCCAUCGACCUCGUAGAGAUCGAGGUCAACACAAGCGUGCUGGCCGACGAGUUCAUCGCCCACAGAUUGGGCCUGAUUCCCCUGGACUCGACUCUGACUGACGAGUUGGAGUAUACGCGGGACUGCGACUGCGAGCAGUACUGUGACAAGUGCAGUGUGGUGCUGUCUUUGAACGCACGGUGCGAGAGCGCUGGCACAAUGGAGAUUUACACAAGCGACUUGGUAGUCGAGCCGGCAGCCUCACGCGAUGAGAGUAUUGGCCGUCCUGUGUUUGCUGAUCCCUCUAAAAGGGGCGUGCUCAUUUGCAAGCUUCGUCGCAACCAAGAACUUAGACUCAAGUGUGUCGCCAAGAAGGGUAUCGCCAAGGAGCAUGCGAAAUGGUCGCCCUGCUCGGCUAUUGGCUUUGAAUACGACCCCUGGAAUAAACUCAGACACACCUCACUGUGGUGCGAAGAGAGUGCCGAGGCCGAAUGGCCAAAGAGUAAAAACGCAGAUUGGGAAGAGCCUCCUCAAGAAGGUGAAGAGUUUGAUUUCAAGGCCAAGCCCGCCAAAUAUUAUUUUAAUGUCGAAACCACCGGUCAGCUCAAACCGAACGAGGUGAUUGAGCGCGGUAUCUCGAUUCUCCAAAAGAAACUCGCCGAAAUCGUUCUGGCGCUUGACAAGGGCGAUGAAGAUGAGUACAAACAAUGGUACUGA